AUGAGCGGGAGUGGAGGAAAAUGCGUAAUAUGUGGUAAGUAGACUAACUAAAGGUGUUAGGCAUGCAAAAUACCAUAUUAUUGUUCAUAAGAGCAUCUUGAACAAGAUUGGGGAAAUCACAAAGAAAAAUGCAAAUAAUAUAGAAAAGCUCAAUAAGUUAAUUCAAGCUAGAUUACCGUCAAUUCAAAUGCUAACAAAGAAUAAGUGAUAACCAAGGAAUAAAAUGGUAUUAUGAAUAAUGCAUAAUUUAAUCAAAAGUAGGAAUCCAAUACACCUAAUUUAUCUAUUUCUUCUAAUAAUGCAGUCAGUUAACCAAAUAAUAAUUUAGCCUAAAUAAAUUCCUCAAUGAUAAGUUCUAACUAGAAUUAGUAAAAUUAAGCUACUCUAAUAUCAACACCAGGAAAUAUUAAAACAAGCAGAUAGUCUAAUAAUGCAGCAUUAGUAGACCAAUAGAGUCCUUAAAUUUCAAACAGUUUUAACUACACGCACAACAAUCAAAAUAAUACAAAUUAAAAUACUUAAAAUAUUUAAAUCAAUGGUAACGAAAAUAUUAUUUAGAAGUAGUAUUAUAAAGACCCUGAAAAAUUGUAAAAAGAUCGUGAAUUAUAAUAGUUAAUGAGUGAGCGCUUAGCUUUUAGAUCAGAUGUUGUCAAGCUUUUAGCCAAGUUUAAUUACAGCGAUGCCCUUAUAUAAGUAAGAAAUCUAUGUAAAAUAAGUGAAUAGAUAUAUCGUAAUGCUAAAAGGUAAGACCAAAAUGAAUUGUAUGAAUUAUUAGCAGAUUAACUUCUAGAAGUUAAGAUUAUGAUCAAAACUUAAUCAAGUAAUGCUAACAAAGAAGCAGGAACAAAACUAUAAGAUAUUUUUCAUAAAAUUAAGUCAUACAUGAAUGAUAACACUUUAAAAAAUUAUUAUUAAGAUUUGGAAGUUGAAAAGAAAAAUGAAUUCAUGAACGAAAUUCGUAAAAGGUGUAAUUUGAUUUCUCUUGUUGCAAAUCUAUUUUAUUCACUUGGACACCAAAAUGAGUGUGAAGAAGCGUAUGUUAGAUAUGUAAAGCUCAUAGAAACUGUUAUGGGUUAAGAUGCUUUAGAGACUAGUAAUUGUUAUUUCUUAAUGGGGGUUUACUAUCUCUAGCAUCGCUAUUAUAUCAAGGCUUUAGCUUGUUUUAAGCGAAGCAUGAGUAUUAGAUCUCAAAGACUUACUGAAAGGCAUGAGUCUGUUACAGAUUGCUAGUACAACAUAGGUAUAGCUUAUAAAUAAUUAGGUAGAAAAUAGAAAGCUUUGGACUAGCUAGAAAAAACCCUUUUUAUACGUAGAUAAAUUAUUGGCCAGAGCAGUUUGCCAGUUGCUCAAACGUUAGAAAUAUUAGGAAAAAUAUACAUGGAAUCUCCAAGUGAUUAUCCAAUAGCUCUUGACAAAUUUCAAGAGUGCUACUCAAUAAGAAAAUCAAUCAUUAAAGUUAAUAAACAUCCUGAUAUGGUAAGAAUCUCCCUUCUUAUUGUGCAUUUAUACAACUUAAUUAAGGCUCAGUUAGCUUAAUAAGAGGCUUCACAGCCAACAAAAUAAGCUCAAUAGCUAAAAGACAUUGAGUUGAAAAUGUAAAAGAAUGUAAUAGAUGGAAAUAUUUAACAAUAUAUUCAAACAUAAAAAAAUAAUCCAGACAGAUUCCAAGAACUUUAAAAUUAAUAUGGAUUAUAUAAUAAUGAAAUGCAACUAAAUGCUUUAAAUUAAGCUAAUGCAAUUUAAAAAUAACAAAAUCAAGCUAGUUCGUAGGCACUUUUACCAGAUAAUAGUGUUGAUGACUUUUUAAAAGGGUAGAAUUAAUCUUAAAAUAAUUCCUAAAAUGUCUCUGCUACUAACAAUAAUAAUAAAAGUAACUCAGCUAACAGUGCUGUAAACUCUGUUAUGAAUAGUAUAAUUAAACCUAGCGGUGGGGUUAGUGAUAAAAAUUAUGGGUUCGGACUUUAAAGAGGAAGUGUCGCUAAUUCAUUUUAAUUAAGGGAAAGAGAAGGUUCGAAACAAUCCACGGACUCUAACUCUCCUAGUAAAACUAUAUAGGAAGAAGAACAAUAUUAACCUCAGAAAAAAAGUAAUUAAUCAGGAAAAAGUAAAUCUAAAAAAAGAGUUUCUGAGGAGAUAUCGGAAGACAGCGAUAAUUCCGAUGAAGAUCUACAAGAAAAAAAUAUCAAAAAGCACCUUUUAAAAUUAAAAGAAAGGACGAUCUCUCGUAUAACUCAUUAGUAAUUUUAAGAAUUGGUUAAUAUCAAUGAGAAAGUAGCAAGAGAGAUGAAAAAAGAUCCAAAGUUUAAUCCAAGGGAUAUGAUUAUAAAUAGUGUCUUUGUUUAAAAUAUGAAAUAGAUGGAUUAUAGAGAUAUUUGUUAAGAUCUAAUAGAAAUGAAUCCUUAAUAUUUUGGCCCCGAGGACUUUUCAGAUUUAAGAUAUUUUGGAACUUCCAACGAUGUCAAUUCAUAGUAAGUAGGAAAUACUUAAUUUGAUUAAAAAAUGAGCAACCAAUUUUAGUAGCAGCCAUCACCAUACGAUUAUUAGCAAUAGAAUAAUUUCUAAAAUUAAAAUAGCAUGGGCUCUUUUGGCAAAUAAAGUUAAUACUAAUAAAAUGGAUUUUAUCAAAUGUCUGAAGAUUAUUCCUUCCCUUAAAAUUUUCAAAAACCAAGACCUGAAUCAAAUUCUUUCAAAAAAUAUUAAGAUGAAAGAACAGAUAUGCAAAUGGAUCCUAAUGAAGACUUUAUGGAUAUUCUUAAUAAAAAACCAAGUAACAGGAAUCCUUCUCGAGACGGUAAUUAAAAGUUUGGAGCAAACAAUAACUAUGGCAUCUCAAAUUCUAGUAAUUAAUAUAAUCAGACAACAACAACUGCUACAAAAAAUGUCAGAAUAGCAAGCUAAGAAGUCUACUAAUAUAACAACUAAAAACGAGACUUUGAGAGUGAAAAUGUUGAAACACCACCUUUAGGUAGAUUUAUGUCAGAAGAAAAUACUAAUAAAAUUCUUUAAGGACUCAGUAAAUUAAAAUAAUGA